AUGGCCGUUGAGGUACCACAUGAAUAUGGGGCGGUCUUGCCCGGCGCGUACACGGCGCGCAAGUUUUGGGUUGUGCCCAUCGUUGCCGUGGUCAUUGGCAUUGCCACUCUGAUUACCACCUUUGUCAUGUUUGACGCGUAUGACCGCGACUUUGGUGGCAUUGACUUUCCCUACAUCUCCGAUACAGGGCGCCGCUUUCCUGAGCGCUACGCAUUCAUCACCGCGUUUGACAUUGCCAUCCACGUGGUGCUGUACAAGUGGCUCCGGGAAUACGCCUCGCGGCAAAUGUCUCGCAAGUAUGUUGAGCAAAAGGCGCACGCAAUGGCAUUUUCCCGUUCUUUAGGUUGCGUGUUGCGUGUUGCGUGCGGCGUGCUGUGGGCCGUGAGGCUUGGUUUUGCUCAUCGGUGCGAUGCAAUCUUGGAUAGUGCUGCUGGAGUGGGCCUGGGCUUUGUCGUCGUGGCGGCCGUCUUCCUAGUGUUGCUCUCCAUUUUCGACAACGGCGACGACGAGACGACUCACAGCGUCAGUGCGUUCAUUUUCUUUGUGUUUACGCUGAUUGCCAACACCAUCUUCUUUGCCAUCUACUUCCGCGAGCACUCUGAGAGUUAUUAUGCGCGCGGCUCCCAAGUGGUCAAGUACAUCCUGCUGGUGCUGACCUGGAUUUUCUUUUUGAUCUUCCUGCCCAUUGGCUAUGCGGUGGGUGAAUGGCACUACGACGAGGAGCGCGACAACUUUGACUAUCGCGAUGAUAUUGCGUUCAAUGAGCUGCGCGCCGUGUCGGAGGUAUCAAGGAAAUACUUGGCCAUCAUGCGUUGCUCCGUGGCCUUUUUGCUCGCGGUUGUCGCGAUCGGGCUCCCGGUGAUCGCCCGCGCCGCCAUUCAGGAUGCUGAUUGCCAAAUCAUCACAACAUUUGGCUGCUAUGCCGACUACUUUCCGGUCGGUUUGCUCAGCCUCCUCCAACACUUUGACGCGCAACGGCCCGGUCAAUCGGUUCGUCUGCUCAACGUGCAUGCUUCUGGCUGCAGUCAAAUGGAAUGUGCGAAAAACUGCUUUAAGCUUGGCCUCGAGGAGGGAUCCGUCUACGUUGGUGGCAACGAGAACGGCGAAGAGUGCUGGUGCUCGCCCGGUCCCACUUCAUCGCCCGUGGGUGACACGAGCGACAAAUGCGACAAGCCAUGCCGCGACGAUGACUCUGAGACGUGUGGUGGCGGUGGUGCCCUGACCGAGUUCUCCUUUAGCUGUGGAGCUGCCCCGCCGCCUCCGCCGCCGGGCCCUCCUUCCCCUCCUUCCCCACCUUCUCCUCCUUCCCCGCCUUCCCCUCCCGGUCCAAGCACCACCAAGAACCCCAACGGUCCCACUUCAAAGCCCACCAAGAGCCCGUCAGAGGGUGGCAAGAAGAAGGGUCUGAGCUUGGGUGAUAUCAUUCUCAUUGUCUUCUUUUGCGGUCUUCUCCUUCCCUACUUUAUUCUCGGCGCCGUCUUCCAAAAGGUCCGGAACCAGCAGUCGGGAUCGGACCUGAUCCCCAACAAAACCUUCUGGACUGAGCUUCCUGGCCUGAUUGCCCUGCGUAGAAGGGUUGACCUGUGUCAACAAUGUGUGCCUGCCGGGGAUCAAGACGUGUCAAACCCACAAGGACUGCUACCUCGGCCAGUAUUGUGCUUCCUGCGCUUCCUCCUUGACCGGUGCGCCGACGGUCUUGAAUGUGCGGCAAACAAGACCUGUGUGCGCGUGACUCCCCUCGCGGAGACGCCGGCGGGCUGGUCCAGCUGUGCACUGGGAGGUUGUGGCCCUUGGGACUAUCGGCGUCCCUGCCAAUGUGAUGCCAGCUGCACCACCCAUCGCGAUUGCUGCACUGAUUUUGCCUCGCUGUGUUUGGCGACCACGUCGUCCCCACCCUCCACCAGCUCUGUUCCAUCAUCCACGCCACCUCCCGAAGCGUCGUGCGUGGCUCGCGGCUGCAACAGCUAUGUAGAGGGGGCCACCUGUAAUUGCGAUGAUGAUUGCCUGGGAUACGAGGAUUGUUGUUCUGACUAUCAGCGCGUAUGCCUUGGCCAAGGUCCCUUCCGUGCGCCUGCCCCACCGCCGCCACCCAACGUGCCCACGCCCCCAGCCCCUAGUCCUGCUACGGUAUUGGGCUGCCAGCGAACAGAGGUUCCACAAAAUCAAACAUGCAUACCGUAUGCAUGGACUUCAACCCCCAGCUACGAGCUUCCCACCCUGCCCUUCCCCAUCACCGAGACUGGAGCUGCCGUCAUUCGCCGCCAAAUCAUCAGCAUCGGCGAUGGUCAGUUAGGCACAAAUGACAACACCAAGACCAUCAUUUUAGAUUUGCCUAGCGGCCUCUUCAUGGAUCCGGACAAGCUGGCGCGCCGUCCCCAUGCCGGGGACCAUUCGGCCGUCGCCGUCUGGAAUGACCGGUUCUUCGCCUUUGCCGGUCUUUGUUGUCAAACAUACUGCACCGGCUGCAACGCAGCCCAAAAGACGCAGAUCUACGAUCCAGCCCUCAACUCAUGGAGCACGGGCGCACCCAUCCCUUGGCAGGUCGAGGGCUCACAAGCUAGUGCCACCAUAGGCGACUACAUCUACUUGUGUGGCGGUCUUUUGAAUACCAGGGCCAUUUCUACCUGUGGCAUCUACCAUCCAAGCACGGACACCUGGUACAGCAUGCCCAGUAUGCCCAAGGGUGUCCAUCAUGCCGCAGCCGGCACCGAUGGUGAACGUCUGUACAUCUUUGGUGGCCGGGUCAACGGCAACCAGGUUACGGACGGCCACGAUGACGUACAGAUCUACGAUCCAGCCAGUAAUACCUGGCUCUGGUCGGCCGUGGACGACAUUCCUGCCCUCCCCACACCGCGCACCGGCAUGGGCAAAGCCGCAUACCUGGGGGGAGAAUUUUACAUCAUGGGUGGCGAGGCCAUUCCCAGUGAUGAUGACGAUUUGCCCUUGACGGAGACGGGCACAUUUGACUUGGUUGAGCUCUACAACCCCCGCACCAACACCUGGCGCCGCGGCCAGGCCAUGCCGCUUGGCAUGCACGGCAUCCAUCCGGUCGUGCACGACGAGCAGCUGUAUCUUGUGGGUGGCUGCCCUCAGCUGGACCGCUAUCCCACCAGCCGCGUCCUGCGCUAUGGGCCCGUGUGA